GUUUACAGUUGGUAGGAACGUGUUUGACACAGUCUUGACAAGCCUUCUUCAAGAGGCGCAUCCAUGUAAUGUAAAGGGAGAGACUCGUUUUGUUAUACAGAUAAAAAGAAAGAUAUUUAAAGGAAAGUAGACGAAAACCUGUGUCUGGUUGAAAAACAGAAGGAAACCCUAUCACAACGGAAAAGGAUCAACUGAACUCUAAACUGAACUCGAAAUUUCAGAGAAGGAGAUUUAAAAGCUGCAGACCAACCUUUAAAAUCCUCUUAGCUUUAUGUCUAAACCAUCUGCAAGAUCUACAACGUCGGCUGGAAGGUUGAAGAAUCGGGAGGAUACGUGGACCACAGAGAGAAACAACACAUACUGAGAACUUGUUCCAGGAAAAAGAAUCCUGAUUCCGAAAAUCCAAACUUCAACCGUUUUUUUUUUGGUUCACGUUCGUAUAAGUGCUCGGUUACAGCCACGAUGUUUCACAGAGCAGCGCCUGCCGUGAUGAUGCUGAUGAUUCUUGGGACCGGAGUGGAGACGGCCCCCACUGAGAGAGAUCCUCUUGCCAAGCUCACUCGCAGAUCAGCUGUACCAGAGAAGUCUUCCGCACUGAAUCUGAGCCACUAUCUGAAACAGUGGCUUGUGAGUACCAAAGCAGCCGCGGUGGACGGGACGACAAAAACCACCACGGGGACUCUCCCUGCCAGCACCCGGGCCGGGAGAUGGAAGAGCAGCCCUGAGGCGGCCGGUCCAGGUAAAACCGCCCACAUGCUGAAGAUGAUCUCAGCCCUGGAGGAGCUGCACCGGACGUUGAACAGCACGCUCAGCUCACGGAUUACCAUCAUCCCUCGAGAGGAUGCAUCUGACUGA